AUGACAUCAACCACUUUAAACCCUCCUCCACCCGGGCUCCACGACGCAAACGAUAUAGCUCCGAGGACCGCGCUUCUCCAGUCGCAAGCUGCCCCAAAACCCCAUGAAGCACCCUCGGGCCACAGCGAAGAGAACCAAAAGAGUGCCGACAAGGAGAGCGCCGCCGCGCCGGAACCGCAAAAUGCAGGGCGACCCUCACAUACCGCCUCGGAUCUGAAGCACAAGUUUGACGAUAAGAAGAAGAGCUUGGUCGAGAAGAACAACCCCCCGGGCGGCUUUGACAAGACACCCCUUCCCGACUUCCCCCCUGGCUUCACCAUCAAGAUUACCUUUCACAGGGCCUGGAAUCUCCCCAUCGCUGACAUCCCGACCGCCGCCGCCGACCCCUUUGUGCACGCGACCCUGACCGCCGACGUCCCGAAGCGUCACAAGGAAGAUCCGAACUUGAGGCAUCGCACUCGCACAGAGCGCAGAACGCUCGAGCCGGCGUGGGAGGAAGAAUGGGUCGUCGCCAACAUUCCCAGGACGGGCUUCCGUCUCAAGUGCCGCCUAUACGAUGAGGAUUACCCGGACUCGGACGACAGGCUGGGUAACGUCACGUACGUUUCGCCCAUGAUCGAUGAGAACUGGCAGGGGUUGAAGCGGCACACUUUUGAGGUCAAGAAACGAUCAGGGAGCAAGCGGGCGUACUUUAUCAAGGCGGCCGAGUCCUUGUUCAACCGGGAUUCUCACAUGACACCUUUCCUGGAGUUGAGCAUUGAACUUCUGGGUCACUCUUCCGCACCAGGGGCCCAGAUGUACACCGUCUCACCAACCAAGUAUAUCCAGCACUUCAGUCCCAUGAUUGGGCGCCUGACGGGCGUCAAGGUCAAUCGUGAAGAAAGCGAUGAACCCAAGUCGCCGAAUCGCCCAGAAUCGGAGAGCAAGAAGGCGCAACGCUACGACUUCCAAGCCACCGAGAUGCAACUGGAGGGCCCUGUUCCACCAGAGAUGUACCACAGGUAUGUCGAGUUCAAGCGCUUCGUGGGACCAAUGUUCUCGUCGGCAGGUCUACGAGGGCGUGUCCUCAACAAAGUGCUGCACGACCAGCACCGCCGUGUAUACAACUACGACUCGACCACAAAAUACGGUAAUUUUGCGCCAUGUUCAAACGAGGCUUCUCUCCAGUUCCUCCAGCUGGCACAUUUUGACGAAGGCGGCCGAGUCUUCACGUACGUCCUCACGCUAGAUGGAUUGUUGCGCUUCACCGAGACGGGCAAAGAGUUUGGUAUCGACAUGCUGUCCAAGCACACCAUGCACUCUGACGUAGAGACAUAUAUUGCCUGUUCAGGAGAGUUUUUCAUCCGUAGAAAGAAGCACAAAUCCGAUCUCUUCCACUCACAUAGACGGUCACACUCCAAGUCUCAGAACGGUGAUGAGAUGAAAAAGGAGGUUAGUGAUGAUCAGAAAUCCCAGGAACAACGGCGAGCCGAGGAACUAGAACGGAGGCACCUGGGUGGCGAGGAAGAACCUGUCAAGAACUGGGAGAUCCCUGGUAGGGAAGUGUCUUCGAGCGCCGAGGAGGGUGGGGACAAAAAGGAAAAGGGUGACGAAAAGGAGAAAAAGAACAAAGAUGAAACCGAGGAAAAGAAGCCAAAGAGGUCGAGCGAGAGCAAUUCACCGCCUCGCGAUCCUCGCAAAUAUGAGCUCAUCAUUGAUAACGACUCUGGCACCUACCGCCCUGACAAGUCGAUACUCCCACUGCUGCACCAGUUUCUCGAGCGCAACUUCCCUGACCUCGAAAUCCGCGCGAUGCACUGCGACGACGACGAGCUCAAGAAGCUCAAGGCGGAUCAGCACGAGGCCAAGAAGAAGACGGGUCCGCGCGUGCACAUGGUGUUGAACCGAAGCCCAAGCUCGUCGAGCAUCAGCUCGUCGGACGAGAGUGACCUUUCUAGCCUGGACCAAAGCCUUCAAAGCGAAAGCGCAAAGAAGAGCAAGCGGGAGAGGGCCUGGGAUGCGCUCAACGAUCCCAAGAGCGGGUUGCAGGAGCUCAAGGGGAGCCUCGCCCGGCAUCCCAAGGAUGUUGUUCCUAGGGAGGUUGGCAAGGCGGAAGAGGUGAAGGUGUGA